GUGAACAGAGGUAAUUAAUCUCAUCUUAACUGGCCAACAGCACCCAUCCACCGCCGUCGAGCACUGCCUUGUUCCCGUGUUUGUUGAUCCACAGGGCCAUGUAGCGGUGGAGUGGAGUGUGUGGUUUAAUACUUUAUAUGGGGGGAAUAUCAAUAUUGCUGUGGCGAUGUGUGUGACUGUGCGUUGCUCAACAGGAAGCAGAGCAACGGAGAUUGCGCUGUCAAUCGAUACAGCACAGCCCCGUCUGGAUCAACUUUCCCCGCUGCUGCUUCCCUCGAUACUGAUCUUUUAGCCAGUAUAGUUUUUGCCGUUUUAUUCCCUUGUUCUGCACUUCCCAUUCCCACCGCGUGCGCCGCACAUCCUGUCCAAAACUGAUCUCGAACGAAUCUCACUCGUUAAUCUCGCCGUGUUUACCGUGAUAAUCUGUACUCUGUAGCGACUGUGCUGUAUUGUUAACGGGGAGUGGCCGUCUGCGCUGUGUUGUUUUUUGCGUCUCCAUGGCCCGUUCUCCGGUUUACGUGCACAUCUACGAUCUGUACUGGACGAAUAACUACACGUACAAUCUGGGUGUGGGGUUCUAUCAUUCCGGGAUUGAAGUAUACGGGAAGGAGUUCGGGUACGGUGGGCAUCCGUUCGCCUUUAGUGGACUGUUCGAGAAGAUCCCCAAAGACAUUGAUGAACUGGGACCGAAUUUUCGCUACAAGGAGACGAUUCUGCUGGGCUAUACGGACUUCUCGGAGCGGGAUGUGGAUGAGAUGAUGCAUCAUUUGUCGCAGGAGUGGCACGGGAAUUCCUACCAUCUGGUCACCCGCAAUUGCAACCAUUUCUCCGACCACCUGGGACGCGUCCUGUGCGGCCAGGAAGUGCCAGCGUGGAUCAACCGGGUGGCCAACAUGUCGGCCCGGCUGCCCUUCCUGCAGCGCUGUUUACCGCGCGAAUGGCUGACGCCCGUGGCGCUGGACAUCAGCAUGGAGGAUUUCGUCGGCGGGCACAUUGAGCACGAGCAUCUCAAGCUCAUCACCUUCUGCAACAAGAUCCCCGCCCACAUCCGCCGCGACUCCGACGCGCAUCUCCACCACAACCACCACCCGCACGCCUCGUAAAGAGAAGGAAUGGGACAGCGUAUUACGGCGUGGAUUAUUUUUUUGUAGAAAAAAUCUCCAAAAUGUUUUUCUGGUUUUGUUCUGCUCUUGCUCCGCGAUUCUUGCCGGCAGUAGUGUAGUGAGAAAUGGCUGGUU